GCUGAAAAAGAUGCAGCAGCAGCAGCAGCCUCUUCCUCGCUGCUGCAAACUACGCCCUUCAAAACAAACACAAUACGGAAGAAGGAAGUUAUGCACCUGUUGCUGCUGUCUCUUUGUCUACCUUUCAACCAGUUUCUACCUGUGAUAAUUAGAGGCUACAUAUAAUUGUUGUUGUGAAGCAUGGCAGAUGUUAAGGAGGAAGCAGUGCCAGGUGAGGAGCAGCAGAAGCAGCUCGACUCCACUUCUGAUGGACCGGAAGACACACAGCCUGCUGUCCGCUCAGAGGACACGGAGGAGCGGCCGCCUGAGGUCGCAGUGACCCCCUCCAUCCCCCAGCAUGGAGCCAGCUCUGUGGUGUCACCUUUGAACCAGUUUAGGAUGAAGAGGUUCUUCGUGCUGAGGCCUGGCACUCUGAAUCAGGCCAUCAAAGACGUUGAAGCUCUGGUGGAUAAAGAGUUGGAUGGCGGCGUUCGCAGCAUUUGGCUGAUGGCAGAGGUGGACCACUGGAACAAUGAAAAGGAGCGUCUCGUCCUCAUCACAAACAGCUCUCUCCUGGUCUGCAAGUACGACUUUGUCAUGUUCAACUGUGAGCAGAUCCAGAGAAUCCCUCUGAACUUUGUGGACCGCAUCUCCCACGGCACCUUCAGCUUCCCGAAACACUCCAUUCUUCAGAGAGAGGGGGAGGGGGUGCGGGUCUUCUGGGACCGACUGAGAGAGCCCUCCUUCACCUCCAGGUGGAACCCCUUCACCACAGACUUCCCCUUCAUCACCUUCACCUAUCACCCUGUGAGGAACACCAGUGACACAUUUACUGCUCUCUGUGACAUCCAGAAGUUUCGGGAGCAGCUCAGAGACGCAGCGCAGGAAGUCCACGCCGUGAAGCCCGUUCCGGGGAAAGCUAACGGCGUCCUGGUUCUGAAUCAGAACAUCCUCAUCGACGCUUACGUCGGCGUCAUGUCUUUCCUCGGGAACCAGAACAAGCUGGGAUACUGCAUGGCUCGGGGAAACAUUGGCUUCUAGCUCCUGUGCAUUUUUUUUAUCCAAGCUUUGUUGCGUCUUGAAUUCAUGUUCAUGAGUUUGUUUACAGAGUUUAUUCAGAUUCUACAAGGAUUGACCAAAAGAUUUCUCCUGAUUUAGGUUUGUGUCACAUGGCAGCCUGGAUUCUCGGGGGUGUUCUGUGUGAGCUUUAAACAAGCGUGUGAUCUCCCUCGCUGCUUAUUACCAGUGUGUGGUGUCUGAGCACUCAGAAAUAUCCACAUUUCAACACCGCUCUUCACUGGGUGACGGAUCCCCCGCUGCUCUCAAGGAGCUUUGUAUUUGCUCCUCAGUGAUAUGGUAAUUCAACUCUUUCGCAAUGGGACUCCUUUCUUCCUCCCCCGUUCCUCUGUUAAAAGCUCAUUCCCAUGCCGUUCAGCCCCUUAGAGAUUCACUGGAGCAUGGGGGCACAUUUGUCAGUUUAGUUUUAUCAUUGCUCGUGUAUUUUUACAGUGCUUACAGUGUUGGAAUUUCCCCUGGAUUUGUGUGUUUACUGCGUGUCACUCUGCUUUGGUAUCGUCUGUUUGUCUUGUGAGGCUGUCACACACGAGAAACUAAACCCUCACAUAUUUGCGUCUCCUUUUUUUUCCUUUUUAGCUGCAUGAAAUAUGCAGAUUAUUCAUGCAGAUUCCUAUGCACUGUUUCUCUUUUUGUGCGCUUUCUCCCUCAGUUUUAAUCCUCUGACCUGAUAAAAAAAUAUGAAGCAGAAGUGCAGUUACUGAAAGAUGAAUCAAGGGUUCAGGAUUGAAUCUGAACCAUACCAAGGGUCAGGACGGUUAUUUUUUUAAACGUUAAUGACUAAAGUGGAAGAAAAAAAUGCACCUUCGCCAUACUGAUUCCCUCCGCUUCUCGGCACACCUCCAACCGCUCUUCACUCACGGUCACACCGAGGAGUUAUCAAAUGGAACGCACCAUAAUUAAACACCAUUAAGCUCAAGUGGCAGACAAAACUGUCCUUGGCUCGAGCUGCAAUUUCCUUUGGCCUGCAUUUGUUGUGUUAGCAGGCUAAUGUUAGCACGUUUAGUUAGCUUGUAGCUUCCCUCAGAAUGGCCGAGAUCUAAAAGCACUUACGUGACAUCUUAAAUAAUCAGUGAGUAUGUUCUUCUUUUCUCUAGUCCUUGACUAAAACAGCUUUUAUACACAAGGGGAGGAGUCAGCCGUUCUGUCCAUGUAAACACAGCACCAAUAACAACACAGCCGGCAGGCUCACUCUUCAAAGAUCCUUACCUGACAAAAACAUCCUCUGUAUUGAAGGCCCAGCUCAGACUGUCCUCCUAUAGCCUGACAUGCCUCAACAACUUGUAAAUACCGGCUGAGGCAAUGAAGAGCACAUUUUGACUGAAACUUUAACUAAGGAUGCUACACUUGUUUCUAGCUAGCAGCUACAUCCAGUUGCCUUCCACAUGGAGCUACAGUCACAUUACUCUGUCCUCACACGCACGCACUAAACUCCAGAAAGUGUCCCCAAAAUUUUAAGAUGAUUUCAUAAAUACAUUUUCACCCCCACUUUACCCACUUCAACCUGCCAGCUCCCCAGUUAUAUUUCCACAAGAAGCUGUAGAGAGAACAAUGUGUGAACGCAGCAUAGAGCCCGACGCUGUUGUUUUGUCCUUUGUUCUGUAAAUGUUGUAAACACUAAUCACUUCCUCUGUGUAUUUUUUUACUUCAUGACUUGCUACCUGAAACAUUUGUCAGAUAUGUUCUAUAAUUUGUCAGAUAUGAAUGUGUGAACAGGACUUUAUUCAACCUUCUUCUAGCUUCAAUUCAACAAGAUCUUCUCACGUUCAGCUGCAGUUGUAAUAUGUACUGAUCUGCACAACCCUGUUUGACCUUAUAAUACCUUUUGUAAUAAUAACUUUAAAACAGAUGUUUACAAAGUGGUCUGACACGAAGCAAAGGCAGGAACUCAGGAAUAAAACAUAUUAAACAUCAAUAGUCAGGCCAGACAGAGACAAGUCUACAAAACUCAAACAAAAGGCAAAUACAUGAUCAAGAGAUCUAAAAGAAUAAAUGCAUAUGGAUAAAAAAAAUAUAUAGACAACAGUUCUGAAAAGGUCAAUGUCAAGUAAAAGCAGUACAAUUAAAAGAUUGAAUAAAAGAAUAAAAGCAGUAAAAUGACACCUGGAAUAAUGGUUAUAAUUAAAUUAAAGAUAACAAAAGAGGAUUAAAAGAAGAAGAGGAGAAGACGCCAAAAGCAAGGUCACCUUAAGUCUUGAGCCUCGUCCUUAGAACGACCAGAAGGGCCCCACCCCGAGGAUCUAAUGGGGGCACAGGCGGAUACAAAUCCGGGCCUCCGGCUUGAGGACUAUAGCGUCUGUACAUGGAGCGCUUGCACUAACCACUAAGCUACCAGCACCCCAAAUCCAUUUUUUAAGGAUUCAUAACUAUAAUGUUGUUAUUGUUAGUGUAACUUUUGACCAAAGAAUGCAACAUUGAGGAGGAAGGAGGGAAAAACAAACAUAUGGAAAAUUUAAAAAGUAACAGUUGGUGUCGUGCA